GAGCCGCUGGAUGUUGAUGUGUUGUAAGGAGGUGUUCCCACUCCUCCCCUCCCCUCCCCUCUCCUCUUCUUUCUCCCUCUCUCCUCCCUGCCUCCUCCGUGCUGCUCAUCCGCGGGGUCUCGGUGCGCCUCAGACGUGUUUGGCGUUCAGACUCCCAAGUUGCCCGAUGGCCCCCCACCACCAAAGGGACCGCGCUGACCAGACCAUCAGCCCCGGCUCCGAACUCUCCUAGCGAAGGCAGGACCCCCAUUCCCCCCCGUGGAGCCUGGAAUACCGCAUUGUUUUAUAAUUUCCAACCAGAGACAGGGAGGAAGGUGAUGAUGCUGAAGAUGAGCCCGCGAUGGUGGAUUUCCCUUUUGUGCGUCUGUGGACUGAUGCCCGUCGGUCACCAGAGCAGCGCAGAUUCACCAAAUGGAGACGCCUUGUCGGGCUUGAAGGCUCUGCGUGAUGCGGGCAGGUUCGUCGGGAAGGAGGACACGGUGCCUCUCCGCCUGCUCUACAGCAGACACAGCCACAGCCAGAUCACGCAGGAUGAGCUCAGCACCAGGGUGAAAGCCAGCCCCGGCUCCACACAGGUGAACCAUGUGGCCCAAGCAAGCUUUCAAGUUGAGGCUUUCGGGAGAGAAUUCAUCUUGGAUGUGGAGCUGAAUCAUGACCUGCUGUCUUCGGGGUACGUGGAGAGGCAUUUGUCAGAAAAAGGGAAAGCUGUCAUCACCAAUGGAGGAGAGCACUGCUACUACCAGGGGAAGGUCAGAGACAGUCCUCACUCCUUUGUGGCUCUUUCGACUUGUCAUGGAUUGCAUGGAAUGUUUUUCGACGGCAAUCACACCUACAUGAUUGAACCUGGAGGAGAGGACAGCAGCAAUGGCGAGGUCCCCAUUCACAUGAUUUAUAAAUCUGCAGGGGAAGACCUGCUCAAUGGUGACCUGCCGGAGCCGCCGUUCCCCAGCCCUCCAUUCCCCGGGUCUAAAGUAGUUCACAGGAGAAAAAAGAGACAGGCUCCACAUGUGUCACACAGUGUAGAGGAUGAGAUCAAAUACAUUGAGUUGAUGGUCAUCAAUGACCAUUUAAUGUAUAAGAAGCAUCGGCUUUCCGUUGGGCACACAAAUAACUAUGCUAAGUCAGUGGUCAAUAUGGCUGACAUGAUCUUCAAGGAACAGCUUAAUACUCGGAUUGUGCUGGUUGCCAUGGAAACCUGGUCAGCGGACAACAAGUUCAACAUCGACGACGACCCCAUGGUGACCCUGAGGGAGUUCAUGAAGUACAGGAAGGACUUCAUCAAGGAGAAAUGCGACUCCGUUCACCUCUUCUCAGGGAAUCGCUUUCAUAGCAGCUGGGGUGGAGCUUCCUACAUGGGAGGAGUUUGCUCUCUCACUAAAGGAGGCGGAGUGAAUGAGUACGGGAAAACCGAUGAGAUGGCCAUAACCCUCGCUCAGUCUCUUGGACAGAACAUUGGCAUCUUCUCAGACAAGAAGAGGAUCCUCAACGGUGAAUGCAAGUGUGAUGAUCGCUGGUCAGGCUGUAUCAUGGAUGACGUUGGCUUCUACCUGCCUAAGAGGUUCUCCGACUGCAACGUGGAGGAGUACCACAACUUCCUGAAUAGCGGAGGAGGAUCUUGUCUGUUCAACAAACCUCUGAAGCUGUUGGACCCUCCAAUCUGUGGUAACGGCUUUGUGGAGCCGGGAGAGGAGUGUGACUGCGGCAGUCCAGCGGAGUGUGCCAGAGAGGGGGAUAACUGCUGUCAGAAGUGCACUUUGACUCAAGGCUCGAAGUGUAGUAACGGACUCUGCUGCAACAACUGCCAGAUGGAGUUCAUGGGAGUCGUGUGUCGAGAUGCAGUGAAUGACUGUGACAUCCCAGAAAACUGCACAGGAAACUCCAGCCAGUGUCCACCAAAUGUGCACAAGAUGGACGGCUACACGUGUGAGAAGGAUCAGGGUCGCUGCUUCAAUGGAAGGUGCAAAACAAAAGACAGACAGUGCAAGUACAUCUGGGGAGAGAAGGCAACAGCGGCCGACAAGUUCUGCUACGAGAAGCUCAACAUCGAGGGGACGGAGAAAGGCAACUGUGGGAAAGACAAAGACACGUGGAUCCAGUGUAACAAGCAGGAUGUUCAUUGUGGCUACCUGCUGUGCUCCAACAUCUCACCGUCACCACGACUCGGAGAGCUGCAAGGGGGGCUGACCUCGUUCUCCGUGGCCCGACACAGCGCGUCUCUUGACUGCAGCGGUGCUCACGUGCUGAUUGAUGGAGACACUGAUCUGGGAUAUGUCGAGGAUGGGACGGCCUGCGGGACGGACAGCAUCUGUUUCAAUCACAAAUGUCUCCCAAUCCAACAGUUCAACUUCAGCACGUGCCCCGGGACGACUGACAAGAGUAUCUGCUCUGGACACGGGGUAUAUACAUACAGUGAACACACACACAUACAAUCUAACGGGCUGUCACACUCAUGGAGUGAGAGAAUCCCAGAUGCCAAACACAUUUCCGACAUCUGUGAAAACGGGCGACCGAGGAGCAACUCGUGGCAAGGAAAUCUGAGCGGGAAUCGUAAGAAACUGAAAGGAAAGAAGUUCCGUGCUCGCUCUAACUCCACAGAGACGCUAUCCCCCGCCAAGUCUCCCACUUCCUCCACAGGAUCCAUUGCAUCCAGCAGGAAGUACCCGUACCCCAUGCCCCCUCUCCCCGAUGACCAGAGGAAAGCCAACAGGCAGAGUGCCAGGCUGUGGGAGACUUCAAUAUAACAGCCGUAUCAGCCACUCUGCAAAAGACCUAAAGGAACUACACUUGUCUCUCCUUUUCUAUGAAUGACAAACACAAAAUGAAACAAAAUUGACUCUAGGCGACUAAAGAGAAAGAGAGAGAGAGAGCCCCCAACUAGAGUGGAAACAGGCAGAGGUGUGUGUGAGUCGGUGUGUACAAGCAUCUCUGAGGCCGUCGAGCCAGACGUUCAGUGGAUCACUACAAGAUGACGCUAGAGUGCACACGGGAAAACCAGCUCCACAUCCACUCCAGACCAGCUGGAGCUGAGACUGAGCUCUUCCAGUCUGCUCAGGCCUCACCAACAGGCCUCACUAAUGGGACUCCAAACCCCAACCUCCACCCCCCCCCUUUCCCACAAUCCCUGAAACCUUGACACAUCCUCCACAGCUUGGCUCACAUCACACUCAUUUCAACACCCACCGCUCCAUGAGUGGUUCCAAGCUCAGCAGAACCAGAAGUGGGUCACGGCAUCGCUGGAUUCGUCGGAUCAUUUUUGACGCACGUGAAAUCACUGUAGAAACUCCCAACACUGUAUGCAUGAGACAACCCCGUUUAUCAGCAACCUCCUCCGAGCGAAAAGACGAGAAGAAGAGCGAUGUGAGAGGAAAGCAUGCGAGGGGGCAGUGAUUUUAUACCGUCUGUAGGCUUAGAUGCUUUCUCUCCACUAUAGGUAACUCAUAUUGUAUCACCACUUAUAACCCAUGACAUGGACCCGACCCUGCUCCUCUUCCUCCCGUCCCUCGGUUUGUUUGUGUAAAUAUGUACAGUGAAAUACAAAGAGUAUGUUUUUGCUUUUUUUUUGAAAGAGGAAGGUAUCCUCCUCCUGCUGUGUUGUGUUGUAGACAGAAGCAGAUCUCUGUAGAUGGGUGUCGAGACCUCCCCACUCGUCUCUCUGUCUGUUUCAAACUUUCUCCUCCUCAUUUCUUUCUUCCCUCCCUCUGGCUUUUUUUCCCCAUGCGACUGUGACCUCUAUAGCUUUCUCCAUCCACAGCAGAAUGUAACGUGUUCUCUAGUUUUCUCAAUAUUAGCACUAGUGUCACUUAUCUCUGGGAGAAACACACAGACGUGAAGAGGAAGUAUAAAUUGUGGCACAGUGAGAAGUUGAUUUAGCUCAAUUAGUUUGACGUGCCAUCCCUGUGUGAGGUGAAUGGUCUGAGAUGUGUUUGGUGUAGUUAUAGAUAUUCCACUUUUCACUCACGUGGCUUUUGGAAGGUUUUCCCAUCGAUGGUGUUAAGAAGUUGAGAGUUUUCCACGAUUCAACAUUUGGAUGUUUGAGACCGAACGUGCGAUGAGAUCUGGAAACCGUGAUUGAAAUGUGCAUUUUGGAUUUAGCUGUUGAUGAUUGAAAUAUUUAGCUUGUAAAUGAGUAACUAUGCUGUACAGUGCUUGCUGUUCGAGCUUGUGAAGACCAACAGCAUGACAGUUCUAUAUCAAAUUAAGUUAUUUCUCUGGUAGGCUGUUUGUAAGAACAUAACGAGAAGGAAGCAUGUCACUGAAAAGACCUUUAUUUCCCCCCCCUCACUGCUACUGCUUAAUGGGUUUGUGCACCCGCAGACUGUCUCAGGACCAGUCAUGGCAGGAAGUCACAGGGUUGAGACGUGAUUGAGAAUGGACAUCUUUAGAUAUUUAAGUUGGAUCUUUGUGGAGAAUAAUCUCAUAUCAGCAGGUUCUCUGUACAGUUACAGCUCGUUGUUCUACCUUGUGUAGAAACUGUCGUCUUAAGGGCCUCACGUUUGUCAUUCUACCGUCGUUUCGUUUUUGUUCUGGUGUUGGCACUUGUUCAUUUGUAAUUCAUGUAUGCAUUAGGACUGUAUAGGUAAUAUGAUUGUCACAAUAUUGGACUAAUAUUGCUUCUAGUAUCUUUUUUUAAUAAGUACCUUUGUAAUGUUCACUUUUUUCUCAGCAUUAUGUACAGCAACUACUCCGACAGUUAUUAAGUGCAUUAUUGUAAUUCUGUGUUAAUGAGUUUGAAAGGAGAGAUGAAGGCUUUUCCCUUUUUUUUUUUUUUUUACACAUUCUCUCCUUUGGCAUGUGCUGAUCAGUAUCUGAUAGGUUUUGGACACACGUGUUGUAACUGAGGUCUGAAUGAUUUGCCUUCAUCCAGAGCUUUUUAAGUCUUUGCUCUGGUUCUUCAGCGUCCAGUGGCGCAGGUUGUAAUCUUCUUAACAUCGUAAUACUGUGCUACAGCGAGACAUUUUCUCCUGGUGUCACCGACGUUGCACUGGAUGAUGGGACCACGCAGGCUGCAGUCACUUCUGAUUGUACGGCUGUCAAUCUUUCCUGUAAACAUAUCAGCCGUUGCCUACCUGCACACGUUGGGUGGACUCUGGCGAACGCCUGCACGCAUGAGCUGUCUGUCUCUGUGUGGCCAGAGACUUGAAUGUAUUUGUGUACUAGAGCACACCCACCACCGAGUCUCCCCCACACUGUCCCAUCCCGCCAGGACACAUCGGCACUCCGCUCCAGGAACCUUAAAAAAACCACACAUGUUCUAGUUCAGAUCUAAAUACUGCAGUUGCUGUCAGUUUUUAAUUUUUCCUUUCAAAAUUUUUGCCUGUAUGCUGUACAUACGAUGAUGCAAAAAUCAAUCCCCUUAUUUUUUCCCCCCUCUUAAUCAUUCAGUAUUGUAAUAUAUUUAAUAUAAAAUAAAACUUUCAUCAACA